UCCCCUGAUAGUUUAAUGUAGAUUUUCUUCUAAUAUUCGAAUCUAUGUUAUGGUUUGAUAUAUUCAUCCAAUUUUAUAGAAAAUUUCACUACUGAUGUAGUUGUUAUAUAUUCAGUUUUCACUCCGGAUAUUACAGGGCUUGGACAUUAAAAGAACUUUCCACUUCAAAUAUAUUAAUAUAUAUAUAGCAACUUUUAAAGAAAGAUUUUAUUCUUAUUGAAAUUAAUUACGAACUUUAUUGAAUGGAAAUGUGUAUUAUACAUUUUUUCUGGAGAGAUUAAGCUGGGAAAAAUCUCAGCUAAGGAUUUAACCACUUUCUUUGCAAGGAUAGUCAUACAGAUGUUACUUAAUAACUGGAGUUAUUUCAGUGAUCCUUUAAUAUCUAAUUUCUUCUAAUAAAAUAUUAUCUUAGCUAAAUUAAUCCUUAUGUGAUUGAUUAAUCUUGAACUGAAAUAGUCUGUCAUUUUGACAAAUAUCACUUGGUGCUAAAUAUAUUUAUAUUGUAAAUUAAAAUGAGAAAAGAAAGAAAAGUUACCUUAAUGUUGGAAGAUAAAAAAGUAAUAGAGAAAGUAUUGUGUGAGAAUCAGAUUGAUGUUCUGAUGAGACAGUGAAAAUUUCUUAUGAAAAGUCUACCCUCUGUGAGAUCUAUAAAAAGUCGUUCACAGAAGAAAACCAAUAAGUUAAUUCACACAAGAUCAACAUUUUAUGUGUGAAAAAUUUGUGCUAAAAGAUUCAUUAAAAAUGAUCUAAUUUCUCACUAAUAUAUUCACAUGGAAAAAAGGCCAUAUUCCUGCGAUAUCUGUGAUAAAACAUUUUCUUUAAAGAGUAACUUGACUAAACACAAACGUAUUCACACAGAUGAAAAACCAUAUUGCUGUGAUAUUUGUGGCAAAUCUUUCUCACGGAGCGAUCAUUUAGCUUGCCACAAACAUAUUCACACCGGUGGGAAAUAUUACCAUUGUGAUAUUUGUGGAAAGUCAUUAUCUCGUAGAAGUAGUUUAUCUAUCCAUAAACGAAUUCACACAGGAGAGAAACCACAUCAGUGUGAUAUCUGUGGUAAAACUUUUUCUAGAAAUAGUGAUUUAUCUUCUCAUAAACGUGUUCACACAGGAGAGAAAAAAUACCACUGUGAUAUUUGUGGUAAAAUGUUUUCUCAUAAUACUAAUUUAUAUACCCAUAUACGUAUUCACACAGGAGAGAAACCAUAUCGCUGUGAUAUUUGUGGUAAAACUUUUUCCAGAAGUAAUAUUUUAUCUUGUCAUAAACGUGUUCACACGGGAGAGAAACAAUAACAUUGUGAUAACUGUAUUAAAUUAUUCCAUCAAAGAAGUAAUUUUACUGAAUGUCAAUACCUUCACAUUAAAGAGAAAGUAUAACAUUGUUUUAUCUGUCACAAAAUACAUCCAACAAAUAUUGUUAAUGAUGUCAUAAUAAUGCUUACAUGGGAAAGAAUUGAUAUUGCCAAGCUAUUAGUGGGAAGUUAUUUUUUCUGAGUAGUGGCUUAUCCCACUGCAUUAUUAUAUAACCACAAAUUUAUCUACAUUACACUUACCACUCAGUUAUUUUUAAUAAAAGUAUUCUUUCAGAAUAAAUAUGUAUGUUGUCAGAUGUAUUUACAGAAAGAGGAAAGAAUAUUUUUGAUGUAUUUGACCACGUGGUGAGGUAUGUUAUACCACAACGAGGUUCUUCAUUAUUGUUUUGUCAUUCUGUAAUGAACUAAUACACAAGCAACAACUGAAAUUUUAAGACCUGAUUGACAUAGGCAUGGCUGUAUAGUUAAGAAGUUUACUUUGUAAUUACAUGGUUUCAAAUUCAUUCUCAUGCUAACUAAAAUCUUGUGAGCGGAAUUGCUGGAUAGAAAUUGAAAGAUACCUGUUGUGUAUAUAUGUGUGAAUGUGUCUCCUUGUCUUGACAUUAUUUGCAAACAAACAACAGUUUUUUAUGAACAGUGAUGUAGUUACAAUCAGCAAUCUUACAUUGAAAAGACAUGCAGCCAUUGAACUGGUCAUGUUCAAAGGGCCUGAGAUGAUAUUACCUUGUUUGGAAACAGGUCAGAGGUAGUGACAGGAUGAGCAUCUAGCUGCAGCAAAUCUGCCUUAAUGCAUUCCACCUGAGCUGUGCAAGCAUAGAAAAGUGGAUGUUCAAAUGAUGGCAAUAAUAGGACAUAUGUGAGAGUUUUAUUAUCCUAAAUUUUGUGUGAACAUCAUGGUGUAAUUUGUGAAUGUUACAUAUAAAGAUAUAUCACUUUUCUACUUUUUUUUUGUUGAAAAUAUAUAUCAAAUUUAAUCUCAAUUAAAUUCUUUAGUCUGUAUUUGUACCAAAUCUUCAGUCUGGAUGCAAAUCAGACAGUUAUAUUAUUGUUUUGUUAACAUUUGCAGUUUACAUUUACUCCUGAAAUGUUAUUAUUUGAUACAAUUAAUAAUGUUGCUAGCCUAAUUUCAUUAGUUCUUUCUUUUGUAAUAAUCUUGCCUGUUUGGAGAAAUAUUACCAAAAGGACAUUUUACUGUGGACAUUGAAAAAUAUCUCUACUGCUAGAAUAGAGUAGUGUGGAAAAAUAUAAAAUUAAAAUCAAAAUUUAAAAAAAUCAAAUGAUUUUGAAUUGUAUUUUCUAAAGUGUGAGUUUUCAUUUCCUCUGAACAUUCAGCAUUGGUAUCUGUUAUGGCAAACUGCAAAAAUUCUGAAAGAUAAACCAGCUUGCAUUUAUAUAGAAUUUAUGUCUGUUUGGCAGACACCUUGAUCAGCCUCAAUUUCGUCUUGUCAUUUUCCCAAACUAAUGUUUUACAGUUCUAUAUUUAAGAGAUGAGGAAUUAUGUAACCCUAACCAUAACCCCAACCCUAACCCUAACCCUAGAGAGCUCGGAAAAUUCACAUGGUCAGCUCUACACAACCCGAGCACUAAAUCGAGGGUUAGAGUUAGGGUUAGGGUAUUAGAUGAUUUCUGUUUCACUCCUGUGACUGGACGUUGAGAUUUAGUGCUCGGGUUGUGUGAAUUUUCUGAGCCCUCUCCCCACCCACCCGUUUGCCAGCGCGCAUUUUUUCCUUCAUAUUUAUUUCAUAUACGGUGCACUUCAACUACUACACUAUUUUUUUUUCAAUUUUUCCACCGGGUGUGGAUCUAUAUAAAAACCUGGGAAUUGCUCUGUGAUUUGGCCACUCUUUGCACAGUGACUAACCAAGCCACUUAAAUUUAAGCACUGCAAUCUUUACCUGUCUUGCUUUCUGAAUAUGGUGAAGUUUUACUGAGACAGUCGAAUCCUAACAAUAAAUAUGAUCCAACAGUCAAUCUUAUUUAACAUCAACACUCUUCAUCACUAUGUUCAUUCCAAAUAAUUAGAUGGGUGAAUUGAUAUAGUUUCAGAUGAAGAUGCAGCACCAUCUGAAAGACCGAGCUCUACUGGAAAUUGACUUAACUCUGGUUUCACUGAAGUGAGCAUGAUGUCAUCUUGUUGGAGGAACUGAACUCGGCAAGUUCUAGAUGCUCUCAUAGAUGAUUGUCACUUUGGCAUAGUGAGAAGUCAGGCUCAAUAAGCCUGUGAGUGGAAGUAGUCUAGUGAACAAGAAGCCAUGGGCCCUUCACUUGAAUUUCCUCGUUGUUCAACAAGGACUUGAAAAAAAUUCAAUCUUUAAAGUUCCAUUGACUAUGAUUUUAUAUAAAUCAUUUCUACUAAUGGUCCAGGUGUUUUUAUAGUAAGUUUUUGUUGAAGGCUAGUAACCAGUCAUCUGUUACAUUUGGUGAUCUCUAUAAAGAAACAAACUACACAGCCAUGUUAUGAUUUGAGACAACAAAUCAAGCCACAUGAAGCCAACAAUUGGACUUCCUACUAGUACUCUAAUCAGAGCACGACAUAUCAGUACCCUUUUCUAUCAUAGAUAUGGCAGCUAUUAUUUUGAAAGUACCACCAUUCUGAUUACACAACCCAGCACUAAUUUUCACAUUGCUUCAGUUUAGAUCACUUCUUGGUAUUUUAAUUAUUAGUGUACUUAAAGCUCCAGCUAUACUCUUCAGCCUGAUUGGAUUUCCUGGUGUCACUACAAAUUUGGCACCCUGUUCUUUUUCUGAAAAGACUUCUAUUCCAGGAGACAAAGCAGCCAGGGAUUAAGGGCAGCAAAUAUACCUGAUUCCAAUAAACAAAGCCAUCUCUUUUUCAGUAGUGACAAACUAUCAGGUACAUGUUUCCUUGUCAAUAUGGGUACCGUACUGAGGCAAGCAUAAUUUCUGUUUCCCUUAUACAUUAGAAAACCUACGCCAGUUUUUCUGCAAGUGGUGAUCAUUCACUGAUUCCAACAAUCAGUGAACAGUCUCUUAUUCUGGAUUUAGGCCUUCAUCAUUCUUUUCCAAGGGUUUUCAUCUUCGCUAACUUGCUGACUCCAAUUUUAGGAGCUGAUUUCCUUCACUAUAUCAGCAUCUCAGUAGAUGUUAAAUGCAGAAGGCUUAUUGAUAGUAUAACCAACUUCUUGGUGUGCAGUAUAACUGCCUGGACACCCACAACAAGCCCUGUUAUUUUGCAGUCAUGAUACAGCUCUGUUCUUCGUAAGUACCCAGACUUUCCUCGUCUGGUGUUUAGAAGCAAUGCAGUCGAGUAUAAUAAUGUUAACUACCACAUUAACACCUGUGGCCCACUAAUUGUCAAGUGACCACUAAGUCUCCUUCCAGAUCGUUUAAAGGCUGCUAAACAAGAAUUCCAACACAUGCUACACUUCGGAAUAAUUCGCCCAUUUAGUAACAACGGAUCACUGGUCCCGAAGAAAACGACAAACGACAGACACGCCUGCGGGAUAAGACAAUUUAAUUGUUGGAGACUUUUUCUCGUCAAAGCACAUAUGAUCAAAUGGUCUAGUCAUUGCCAUUUAACAUCAGGGACAACAUAGUUCAAUAUGUCUAAAUUUUUUUAAGGUAGUGUUAUUUGGGGGAUAUUUGGCUGCUACUUUAUUUCAUAAAUAUUUGCCAUAAAGGCAUUACAAAGAGGGGACGAACAAGGGCAGACAAACAUAAAAGGGGUGAAGUAGCUGUAUCGAUUAAAUAUUUACAAUUUUAAAUAUACAAUAAUAAUUUGAUUAUAUUUACAAUGUUCGAUUAAAGCAUUGCUCAGCUCUGCCCAUUCACCCCCGUUGCUAAGAGUGAGAAGAAACUCUUCUGUUACUAUUGAAAUGAAUUAACUCCCCUUGUUACAAGAGUUCUAUUAUGGAAACUUGUCGAAACUUUCAAAUUUGUCUCAAGAGGAAAACCCCCCGCCCCCGAGAAAUCGUUUGCAAAUUUGGAAAUUUCAUUUUCGUCAGGUCAUUGACAAUUCUGAAGGAGUAAAGGCUCACCAUAAGUAAAUGAAAACAGUUCGGAGGAAAGUUAUUGUUCUCACUCCACUUCAAUUUACUCUUUCGUAAUGACGUAUUGUAGAAGAAAAAGAAUUGUGGACAAAGUGAUGGAUGAAGAUGAAAUCAAAGAAGAAUCGUGUACACUGCUGGAGUUAGCCACUCAGACAAUGGACGUAGAUUCAGCGAUUGAAUGGAUGGCAAAACGGAGACUCUUAAGUAACUCUGUCAACUGUGGUACGUGUGGCGAACCGUGUACACUUAUCACUCUGACGAAGAAACUCGACAAGAAGAUUUGGAAUUGUCGCCGGCACAAUUUUACCCAAUCCAUUCGAAAAGGGUCUUUUUUUGAAAGAAGCCGCAUGUCGUUACUGGACCUUCUUCUUUUAAUUAACAUGUGGGUUGAGGACUACCAGCAGAAAGAAAUGAUGGAGCAACUCCAUGUGAAUAAGAACACAAUAGUGGACUGGUGUAAUUUUCUGCGAGAAGUAGUAGAAUGGGAUCUCCAGAAAUCACCCACAGUACUUGGAGGUGUGGGCGAGGACGGUACACCGAUUGUGGUAGAGCUGGGUGAAUCGAAAUUCCUAAACAGCAGAUACCACAAGGGCCAAUGGCGCGCUGGUCACUGGGUGUUCGGUGCGAUCGAACGCCGGAGUGGUAAGUGCUGUAUGGUUGAAGUCCCCAACAGAAAACAGCAAACGUUGGAGCCUAUCAUCCGACAAUGGAUCCUUCCAGGUAGCCGCAUCAUUGCUGAUGCUUGGGUAUCUUUCGAUCUGCUGAAAGAUAUCGAUUUUAGAUUGUACUCGAACGACUCCGUGGUGCACGAACGGGAUAUCGUGAACCAAAACGAUCCAAAUGUACACGCACAGAUUAUCGAGAAUACAUGGAUGCGAGCGAAAAGGAAAUUAAAAAAACAAUGCGGCACCAGUGAUGCAUUAUUUUCUUCGUACCUCCACGAAUUUUUGUGGAAAAAUAAAGUGAAAAAGAAACCUUUUGGCCACUUGUUAAUGGCCAUAAGUAGAUUGUAUGCGGUUUAGUAAGUGUAAUGUUUAAUCAAUGUAAAUGGUCACAUUUAAUUUAUGCAGUGCAAUUAUGUAAAUAACGAUUUGUAAUAAUGUUAAGUUAGCCUUGCAUGCUGCAUUCUUUCGAUGUAAACAGAACUGGACAUUUCUACUGGUCACACGUCAGACAUACAUCUCCCAUGGCUGUAGUGUCAACGAUAGCAUCUGUGCAGUAUAUCGGGACUCGCUGGAAAGAACAGGAAACUCUCCUUCAAAUCACAUAUCACUGUCUUAAAGGAAAGGGACAAAUUGGACAAUGUUAUCCUAUAAAAAAAGAAAGAAAGAAAACUAAUGGGAUAUCAAUGCUGGAAUGUCAUUGAUGAUCAUGACGGCUGACCUAGGGCUAAACAACAGUUGAACCACAUCUAUGACAGGUCAUGCAACCAAAUACCAAUGUCUGUCAACGACUGGAUUCUCCAAUACUAAAUAAAGAGCAUCAGGAAUUAUUUUGAAGAAUUUUUUCCAUCCAAGAUAUGUCAUGGAAGUUGUUGUUUGAAGAAUACAGAUAAAUUAUGUACAAGAACACCUGUGAUAUUAUUUGCUGAUCCUUGGUUAAAAGGUGUCAAUUUAUAAAUAUCCAAGAGGACCACAGCAACAGCUUCACCAGUCCAGAAGAGCUUGUGAAAGCCAUAGGUAGUGCCUCUUCCACCAGACCCAGGGACAUGGACAGAACGAUUUUUCUCUUCUGAUGCAUUAAUACAUUCAAUUUUUGAAAAUGAAAAGAAAACUCCAUGAAGCGCACAUAGGUUUGUUAAUAUAUAACCAGCCAUCUUAGUCUUUUCUCACCUCUUCAAGACACAGUUUUCUAAGAUUUCGCUUCCAAAUUUCACACACAUUUGUAUUAAACCUUCAUUUUCCACAAUCAUCCUCCAUUGAAAAGAAAUGAUAAUUUUUUUUCUGCCAAGAUUCCCCCUCCCUUGACAAAUAUUGUGGAAUAUAUCUUGAUUGAAUUUAAUCAUCAUUUUUCAUAGCUACGGCAACAUAUGUACUGGAUAAUUUUGUACAGAGAUUAAACUAAGAAUAUUUAAAUGACUUUUCAUAUUUGGAUCUAUGCUAGCAAGUAAACUAUUUUAGCGAUUUCUUUACUUUCUGGCAUUUUAUUACAAAAGAAUUCUAUCCUAAUUAAUUGUCUUGGAACAAUUAUCGUGGCAUUCUAUAACCUUUUCAGAAUUUGACAAAAAUAACUGGUCUUAGAAAUAUAUAUUGGAAGAAAUAUUGUGGAAAGAUUAAAGAAAAAAAAGGAAAAUAUUUUUGUGUUGUGAUAGCUAUUGAAACUUUUGAUGAAGAAAUUAUAUAAAUUUCAAGCUGAAAACGAAAAAGUUAUAAAAUAUUAAGUUUUGUAAUUAGAGGCUGAAGACAAUUGUAAAAACAUCAUGUUACUGAGGCAACAAUACUACAGUUGUAGUUGAAGAUUCACUAUGAGCAGUUUGUUAUCUCAACAAAUUCUUGUUCACACAAAAGAGAAACCGUAUCUUUGUGAAAUCUGUGGUAAAUCAUUUUCUCGCAAAAGCCACUUAACUACACACAAUUAUAUUCACACGGGAGAGAAGCCAUACGCUUGUGAAAUCUGUGGUAAAACGUUCUCUGACACGGGCCAGGUAACCCGACACAAAUAUAUUCAUUCAGAAGAAAAGCCAUAUAGUUGCUUUGCCUGCAGUAAAUCUUUCUCUCAGAGAUGUGAUUUAAUUACGCACAAACGGAUUCACACAGGAGAAAAACCAUAUACCUGUGAUAUUUGUAGUAAAUCAUUCUCUCAAAAAAGUGUUUUAACAGCGCAUAAGUUUAUUCAUGUAGCGAAAAAUCGGUUUCAUUGUGAUGUCUGUGGGAAAACGUACUCUCAAAGAGGUAGUUUAAAUAGACAUAAAUAUACUCAUACAGGUAAGAAACCAUAUCAGUGUGAUAUCUGUGAUAAAGCAUUCACUGAUAAAAGCCAAACAAUCCAGCACAAACGUAUUCAUACAGGAGAGAAACCAUAUCACUGUGAUAUCUGUGAUAAAUCUUUUUCUCAAAAAUGUCACUUAACUACACACCAUUACGUACAUACAGGAGAGAAGCCGUACCGCUGUGACAUUUGUGGUAAAUCCUUCACAGAUACGCACCAAGUAACUAAACACAAACGGGUUCAUACUGGAGAGAAGCCAUAUUCCUGUGACAUGUGUGAUAAAUCGUUUUCUCGGAAAAGUAACUUGACUUCACACAAAUUUGUUCAUGGAGGAGAAAAGCCAUACCACUGUAACAUCUGUAGUGAAUCAUUUGCCCAGAGAUAUAUUUUGAUUGCACACAUACGUAUUCAUACAGGAGAGAAGCCAUAUAAGUGUGAUAUAUGUAGCAAGUCAUUCUCUGAGAGUAGUCAUUUAACUAAACAUGUACGUAUUCAUACAGGAGAGAAACCAUAUCAGUGUACUAUAUGUAAUAAAUCUUUUUCUCAAAGUGGUCAUUUAACUACACACCAACAUACUCAUACGGGAGAGAGGCCAUAUAGCUGUGAUAUCUGUGGUAAAUUCUUUUCUGAAAGAAAUCAUGUAACUAGACACAAACGCAUUCAUACAGGAGAGAAGCCUCAUAGCUGUGAUAUCUGUGGUAAAUCAUUCUCUUAUAAAUUUCAGGUAACCAAACACAGGCUUAUUCAUACAGGAGAUGAAACUAGUUACUGAUAUUUGCAAUAUGUUAUCUUCCAAAGUGAUGUGUUUUUCAAUUCACAGGAACUUCUACUGACAAAGUAAUCAUUUACCUUACCAUUAUAAUACUCAGACGAGGAAUGUCAUUGUUUAUAAUGUAAUAGAUUAUCUCACAGAAGUUAUUUAUCUAGCCAUGAACAUAAUGAAACAGGAGAAAAAACAUUUAUAUAUCUAUGACAAAUCAUUUUCUAAAUCAAAAUAUCUUACAUAAUCACAGACAAGAAGCAAACCAUAUCUAUGAGAUCUGUGGCUAAAUGUUUUUUUUUUUACAAAUAGUUAUAUCAUAAAUAUAUUCUGAAGUUUCUGCACUUAUUAGAUUAUUUGAACACUUUCAUCAUGGCUAUCCACUAGACAUCCUCAUACUUUCCAAUUGUCACCACUUUUCAAAAACUAUAGCACUUCAAGUUGGCUAAGCAAUUAGAGCAUCCACUGCAAUUUUUUUUUUUUUUUUGGGGUGUCUCUGGCAGAAUAUGUGCUUCAGCUCUUACCCAUUUCAGACAACAAAGCACUACCCUCACAUAACCAAAGCUUGUAUCACCCAAAUGUGUCACAUCUACUUCUACUGUAACAAUGUAAAGAACGCUGCCUAUGAUAUAUAGAGAAAUCACCUGCUUAUCUCAAUCAGUUGGCUUUUAUCUAUUACUGUUAUGCAUGCAAGACUAUCAUCCUUAUUUGAAAAAAUAUUGUUGUUUACCAUACUGCCUUGAAACUCACCUUCCAACUUGCAGCCAAUCCUUGUGGCACCUUACCAAAAAUCUCUCUGCCAAGAUUGCUUGAUCAUUAUAACUCUGUAAGCAGUAUGUUCUUGUUUACUUCUACAUUUGCAUUUAGCAGAGCAAAAUGCUUUCAGCACUUACGUUCUCCAUUUCACUAAUCUCACCACCAAACAUUAUCUAUCCACCCACCCAUCCAUCCAUCCAUCCAUCCAUCCACUCCAAAACAAGACCACCUACUCUGACAAUGUCCCUUCACUCAACCUCAGACAGUGUGACCCAGAAUUACCACUUUUCUUCAUCAUUUAAGCACCAUUCGUAAUUUAACACAUUUGCCUAAAGAGAUCUAACAGUUGAAAAUCAGUGUACCUAAUUUAGCUAUAAACCUAACAGGAAUGGCUUUGACCCUUUAGCAUUUAAACCAGCCAUAUCUGCCCCAAAUAUUUCACUUUCAAACAGGCCAGAUGUGGUUUCUCACACCAACCCUAUAAUAUCAUCGUUAAAAAAUCAACAGUUAUGUCAUCAAAAUUCCAUAACUAUAAUAUAAUGCAUGAUUAAUUCAAAACAAUGUGUGUAAAUAAGCAUUACAUUUGAUAGCAUAAUCUGAAUGCUAAAAGGUUAAAUACAAUUUCACAAUGGUAAUUAAUGUAGAGUAUAUGGUUGUUGAUGAGAUAGUGUAAAGUCACUUGAAAUGAUUGUCCAAUUGAUCCUUCUUUUUUUUCUGCCUAUGGUGAGGCUGUAUAAACAUGACAGGUGUUUACAACUGUCUCAUGUAUUUAAUCAUUUUAAUUUGUAGAUAGAUGCAGUGUCAGCUAAAAUCUAAGGAUAUACACUUUGUGGUAAAGUUUAUUAAUUAUGUGCAUACAACUUGUGCACCUUUAUCUCUGAAAUAUAGUAGUGAAUAAUCAAAAUCAUUCUCAUUUGCAAAAUACAAUGGUCGAAACUUUACAGCUUGUUACCAAUGCUGACAUAAUGUGAAAAUUAUGGUGCUGUUCUCAAUGACGGGUAAUAUGAAGAACUGCUAAGGCGAUGAUCUGGUAUAAUGAUUAGCAUGCUGGGUGAAAUGCUUAGCAGCGUUUUUUUUCCAUCCUUAUGUUCUGAGUUCAAAUUCCUCUGAGGUUUGUAAAAUAAAUACCAGUUGAACACUGGGGUUGAUCUAAUCGACUUACCCCUCCCCUGAAAUUGCUGGCCUUGUGCCAAAAUUUGACUCUACUGUUGAAGAACUACUACAGGGAAUUGUAGUACUGUGUAACAAUUCAAUUCAAAACUAAGUUGUUGGGGAUUUUUUAAAAGCUUAGCCAAAUUCUCACUUGUUCUGUUUGAAGUGCUCAGCUGCUGGUCCACCUGAAGGUUUCAUGAGGAAAUAAUCAUAUGUGAGCUCAAGAUUAGAAGCAAUUGUACGGUCAUUGACUAGAAUCAAUAUUCUGCUGAGAUUUAACCAUCAAAUACUUUCUACUGAAAGGCUAACCCUUUAACAUUUAACCAGCCAUAUCUGGCUCAAAUACUCUAUAUGCUUUAUGUUCAAACUGGCUGGAUUCAGCUUCUCACACCUACUCUACAAUGUCAUUCUAAAAAUAACCAAUCACAUCAUCAAAAUCUCAAAGCUACAAGGUAAUGUAUGAUUAAUUUAAAUAAGCAUUACAUUUGACAGAGUAAUCUGAAUGCUAAAGGGCUGAACAGAUAAAGAGGUAGAUUAGGAGUUAGUGUCAAAACUGACCAGCCCACAAACACUACACUGGGAGAAGAACAAAGUAGUAGUGGGGACUGGGGCCCCACUGUGUCGAUUAUGAGCUUCUAUGAUCUUAUCAAAGACUACCUGCUAAUUUUAUGCAGAUUCAGAAGUUUGGUGAAGAAUCCUUUUUAAAUUUUUGGAACCAAGUUAUUAGUACGAUUUAUCCUUGUGACAUUUAAACUUUUUUGUUUGUUUGAUAAAAUCCAUCAAGUUGUUUCUAAAGAAUGUUUUGUUAAAAUUAUUCUACUUUUAAAGAAUUGUAGAAUCAGUCUAAAAUAACAUUUAACAAUGGCCUUAUUUAGAUUCUCUGCUGAUCAAUAGAGCUAUGCAGCUGUAAGAAGCUAUAUCAAGCAUUAUAGAUAUUAAAACAACAUGUGGUUUCGAUUUUGACAUCAAGAGAAUAACACACAGAAAUAAUAUGUGCAGAAAGAUAAAUGUUAGAUGCAAACUCAAGCUGUGAAUGUCAGCAAGAUGAAAAUCAACAGCAUUCUGUAAUUUUGUUGAUGAGUUACACACACACACACACAUGCAUUUGUAUACAUAGUAGAAGACACUCAAGGUGCCAUUACAUGGCACUCUGACUAAGUGUUUUUUCUACUAUAGUUCCAAUCUGAUUAAAGCCUUGUAGAUUUGGUGGGCAGAAACUGAAAGAAGCAUGUCAUACAUCAUCAUCAUCAUCAACAUCAUCAUUUAACAUCUGUUUUCCAUGCUGGCAUGGGUUGGGCAGUUUGACUGAAAACUGGUAAGCUGGGGAGCUGCACCAGGUUUCAAUCUGAUUCGGCACAGUUUCUACUGUUGGAUGCCCUUCCAAGAGUGUAGUGAGUGCUUUUUACAUGCCAAUUACAAAACGCUAGCAAUAGCCACGACUACGAUCUCACAUGCCAAAAGUCUCAGUCACUUGUCACUGCCUCUGUGAAGCCCAAAGUUUGAAGGGUGCUUUUUACGUGCCACAAGCAUAGGUGCCAGAUAUGCAACACUGGCAUUGGCCAUGACUACAAUUUCACUUUCUUGAUGGGUCUUCUCAAUACAUACAAGCUGGUAUCAAACAAUUCCUGGAUUAGUUCUGUAGCAUUCCAACAGAUGGUGGCACAUGGUUGUGUGUGCAGUGAGAGCUAGCAGUGACUUUCAUAAGGCAGUGUGCCAAAUAACAUUGCUGUGUUUACUAAGUAAACAUCUGGAAAUAUGUGGAGACAGCAAAUUCAAGAUCAUUCCCUUCUACAAAUGCUCAAGGAAUAAUCCAAAGUACUGGAAGACAAUGGAACUUCAUUUUACCAAACAAAUUCUGACCCAAAUUAAACAUUAAAAAAAAUUCAGGUUACUGGAUUCCAAAAUAUUGGUCAAUAUUUAUAGCAAGAAUAUGUGGACACUUGCUAAAAUGGAACAAGUUGUGGACGUCAUUUUACAUAGUUAACUCAUACAAGUACUGUACCUGACUAAUUUUUGCAGAAAAUGUGGUUGAAGUUACACAUGGUUUGUGUGAAAUAAUCAAAAGUAAGUACUUGAAUACUUGCUUUUGACCCUUACCAAGCGUUUCAUUUUUGUGUAAGAUUAAUCAACAUUGGAGCGAGUGUAUGUUUAUAUUUUAAAUCUAGUUUGGACUGUUUGGAUUUUUUUCAUACUUUAUAAUUGUAACUGCAUCCAUACUUGCUAUUAUGAAUCACUUUUUCAAUCCUCAACUAACAUUCAAAACACCUUGCAUACAGGUGUGUGUGUAUGUGUAUAUAUAUAUAUGUAUAUAUGCAUGUAUAAUGUAGUCAUGUGUGUGUGUGGAAGGGUGAAUGGAUGUGUAUGUAUAUAUAUUGCAUUAUAUAUUAUGUGUGUGUAUAUAGAGAGAUACUUUCAAAACUGACAUCUUGAAUUGUCAUUAACUUCAACAAGCUGACCAUAUGAAUACAAUAUAAUUUAAACCAUACUGGGAGCCCCUUUCUCACUCUUUCUUUCUUUUUCCUUUUUCCCCUUUUUCUCUCCCUCUAACCAAACCUCAAAAAAAUUUGCCACACACAUACAUAUGCAGGCACAGAGAAAGACAAUAACUAAAACAAACAUUGACAUCAUGAAAUAUCAUUAACUUCAAACAGCUGUGAAAUGACUGACCAUGAAAAUACAAUAAAGGACCCCUUUCUUUCUUUCCUUUUUUUUUUUUGCUUGUCUCUUUUUGCUUUCUUUUCUCUCCUGUCCUUUAUGUCUUGUAUUUCUUUUCUUUUUUUCUCCCUCUAACCAAACCUCCCAAAAAUUCACUACACACACAUGCUUGUACACACACAUAGAUAAAAGAACAUUCUCUUCCAGAUUUAUAUAAAAAGUCAUGGCUUUUCUGUAAAAAAUCAUAUCUGAUGAAUCUUGUAAAUGAAUGAGAUGAAAGCACUAAUAAAUAAUUAUCCAAAAUUC